CUGUUCCUCUGUAACUUAGACUCCAGUGUGCCGCGCAGUGUGCGCAAAUUCGUAAACCUUCCCUCAGCUUUGGGGGUUUCUGAAUUCGGAGACUUGAAACUGGGCGGGAGGACCCCCUUAACUCUCAGAAGAGGAUGACAGCCCACAGAGAGGUAACAUCUGUUUACAUGGAACUCAGAAAUCUCCUGCAAAUCAUGGGGUUUCUGGUGUGCUCCUGCGUUGGGCUGGGAGCGAUAUGGAUCGUAUACUCAGACUCUCCCUACCGGAAGGGAUAUUAAGAGAAUUUGCCAAACCACCCUCUGUUGUUUUACAUACGAGGAAACUGAGGCCCCAGAGAGGCGAAGCGAUCGUCCACUGGUUACAGCAACUUGGGACAGAGUUAGAAUUCGGCUCUAAGUCUCCUGACCCUCAGUUUGGGCUGUUUACACCACACUGAGGCGGCGAUAUUUUUAGCAGCAUGGCUGUGUGAUUAUUAUUUUCCUUAGUGAAGUAUCCCCAUCCAGGUUGAAACACCCAGAGGUUAGGCUCCUCUCCACCCGGUUCCCGGGCUUCGACCUCGGAGGUCUCCCCCAGGCCCAGGCCGCACCGGAGGUCUGAGGCUGCCAACGCCGUAGGGGGAACCUAGUGUGGGCGGAACUCGAGUGCAGCGGCGGGAGGCUUCCGGGGGAGCCGCAAGGGCCACGGGUCGGCGGAGGCAGAAAAGCGUCGGACGCCGGGCCGAUCAUGGACGCUUGACAACCUGCGGACAGGCGCCGGGAGGCCGAGCCAGCGACCGAGAGGACGGAGAGGAGGUGAGGGCAGAUCUCAAGGCCAGAGAAUGGCAGGUGAACAGAAACCCUCAAGUAACCUCCUGGAACAGUUUAUUUUACUAGCCAAAGGUACCAGUGGCUCAGCCCUCACUGCUCUCAUAAGCCAAGUCUUGGAAGCUCCUGGAGUAUAUGUCUUUGGAGAACUGCUGGAGCUGGCCAAUGUGCAGGAGCUUGCAGAAGGAGCUAAUGCUGCAUAUUUGCAGUUGCUGAACCUGUUCGCCUAUGGGACAUAUCCAGAUUACAUAGCCAACAAGGAGAGCCUGCCAGAACUGAGCACAGCUCAGCAGAACAAGCUGAAACACCUUACCAUCGUGAGCUUGGCGUCAAGAAUGAAGUGUAUCCCCUACUCUGUACUGCUGAAGGACCUGGAGAUGCGGAAUCUCCGGGAACUGGAAGACCUCAUCAUUGAGGCUGUCUAUACUGAUAUCAUCCAGGGGAAGCUAGACCAGCGAAACCAGCUGCUGGAGGUGGAUUUCUGCAUUGGCCGUGACAUCCGAAAGAAGGAUAUCAAUAAUAUUGUCAAGACCUUGCAUGAAUGGUGCGAUGGCUGCGAAGCGGUUCUGCUAGGCAUCGAGCAGCAAGUUCUGCGAGCCAACCAGUACAAGGAGAACCACAGCCGAACUCAGCAGCAGGUAGAGGCAGAGGUUACCAACAUUAAGAAGACACUCAAAGCCACCGCCUCCUCCUCGGCUCAGGAGAUGGAGCAACAGUUGGCUGAACGGGAGUGUCCCCCUCAUGCCGAGCAGAGGCAGCCCACCAAGAAGAUGUCCAAAGUGAAAGGUCUGGUCUCCAGCCGCCACUAGGGCCGGCUGGGGCAGCUGGCACUCACCAGGCCUGGGUCAGGUGGGGAGGGGACACCGAGGGCCUAUUUCCUCCCUUCUCUACCUUCAGUGAGUUCCAGACCUGCCCAUCCCCUCACCAGCGCCUCCCACCCUGUUGGUACUGUUCCAGAAGAACCGUUCAUCUUUUCCUCACCUGCUCCCUCUUCCCCCCAGUUGUUCCUUCAGACUCAGGGGCUCCACUGAUGCCAUCCCAACAGGGUCAGACACUGCCCAGCUUCCUUCCAGGAGGUUCUUGUCUUUGUUUAAGGGCUUGUCUCCCUCCCAGUUUUUCUUUUGCUCCGUGUCAUUUUGUCAGGCUGGUCAUAAGCCGGAGGCAGCUUUAGCCAGCCCACAGGGAUGACUACAGAGGAGGCUCCUCUCUGAGUGAGGAGGAGGGUAUGCCUUCUCCAGCCCCGUGUACCACAGUACCCACACUGGUGCAGGUGAUCUCUAGCCAGGUAUCAAAUGCUUUUUUUCCCCUCUCCUGCCUUAUCCCUUGUUGGCAGCUCCGAUCAGGCCAUGGAGGGAUGUGAUGCUGGGUUAUGUUUACUAAACCUGCGGGUUUUCAGCCUCUUAAGCCCAGCUCUAAUCUCUCAUUAGUUGGGAGCACUGGGUUGACUAACCUCUGGUACCUGAGCACCAGUGGAGGUUGCUGUGGGUCUGCUAGGUGGCAGAAGUUUCUUCCCGUUCGGUGUUCUUUGCUGGCCACGCUUCCUGCUGCCCCCUGACUACGCAGACUGGUUUUCAUUGUGAAGACCCCAGCUGCUGCCCAGGACUGUCUGCUGACACCUGCUCUCCCAAGAUCUUUUAUUCCUCCCGGCGAUGGCUGAGCUGGGGAUGGUAGUGCCGGGGGCCCUCUGUCUGGUGAAGGACCUGCUGCUGCUUCUGUCUCUUUUUCCACCCCUCCUUGGCUGAUGACCCAGAGCCCACCGAUGAUGGCAUUCUCCUGGCAAGAGAAAAGGACUUGACUAGCCUUUCUGAACUUGAACAGUUUCAGGUUAUAUUUUAAUUUUUUUUUUUGUACAGGUUCUGAUUCUAAUACAUUUCAACAUGCUUUUUUU